AUAAGGGCGUGGACAAAUCUCUCUCCUGCUGACAAGACCUUUUUUGCCAUAAGAAGGUAUUUUAUUUACUGCACAUUAACAUUCAGAAUUGCAAUCGUCUUAUUAAUUUCCAGGGUAAAGUAUUUUCCAGUUUACUUACACUGUGGUUCGUUUGCAAUCUUUGGAAUGGACUUCCACAGCAAACUAAAACUGUUGACUAACUGAUAAAGCCAUGGAAGUUACGCAAAGCUCUUUUUUGCUAUAAAUCACAUGCAUACUAAAAAGCAUGCACAUUAUGAGUUUAGAUUCAUAAUACACGUCUAUGAAGCAUGCAUAUGCAAUUUGUGCACCUGACAUACGCAUUCACACACAAACGUGUCUUUCUAUCUUAGUUCGGACCGUCAUUGCCAUAAUGCUCUCCCCGUGACCGUCCAAAGCAAAUGGCUAAACUUAACCUUCACUCUUAACCUAACUUAAGCCUAAUUGUAAUGACCUAGUUAUUUUUUAAGUCUUAACCCUCAAAAUGAGGCUUAACAAAGUGAGGACCGGCAAAAAUGUCUUCACUCUAUUGGUUAAAAACUCAUAGCAGUUCUCACAAAGGCAGAAAUACUAGUACACACACACAAAGCACGCCUCAUCCACACAUGGCUUCUCUCUGCUUACUGGUGUACAGUCUGCAGACCCCCCACCUCUCUUCCUCAUCCACAGCCAGCCAAUCGGAUGCCUGGAUCCCACCUCUGUCAUCGGCUUGUGCUGGAGAAAGGGAUUGGCUCGUGUGAUGUGAGCAAGGAAGGCAGAUGGAAUGCCAAGUGUGCUCUGCCUCUGGGACCAACCGGGCUGCCUUAUAAUGGAAACCUACUCCCUGUCAGCUCGGGGGCAAUAGCGUCCAAUUUCAGGAGGUACACGACUCCACCUUCUUCUGCCCUGCGCAGCACCAUUCCUCUGGCUGCUCCGAGCUGUACCUUCAUGUGGACUCUGGUGGGCUCUGUCACUCCAACAUCUUCCAUCCUUUCUGGAGCAGGUUGAUCUCUAUCGAGCAGACGUUGCUAUUUUUUGGGAUUCUCGUUCCUCAAUGUACGAUAACUUGUACCUGCAUGGAUUUGAAGACUCUGAGGGGGGCUCAGCUGAUUCCUAUACAAGCCGACCCUCUGACUCAGAUGUUUCCCUGGAGGAGGAAAAGGAGGGUGGGAAGCAAGAGAGGGAGCAGCAGGCAACUGUCCAGCUGGAGAGAGCAAAAACGAAGUCUGUGGCCUUUGCUGUGAGGACAAACAUCAGCUACUGCGGCGCUCUGGACGAGGAUGUUCCUGUUGCUGGAACCGCUGUCUCCUUUGAUGCCAAGGACUUCCUGCAUAUCAAAGAGAAAUACAACAAUGACUGGUGGAUUGGGCGUCUAGUGAAAGAAGGCUGUGAGAUUGGCUUCAUCCCGAGUCCUUUGAAAUUGGAAAACAUCCGACAGCAGCAAGAACAGAAGAGAGGACGAUUCCAUGGAAGCAAGUCCAGUGGGAAUUCCUCCUCCAGUCUGGGCGAUAUGGUCUCUGGAACCUUCAAACCAAACCCUAACUCAGCAGGAAAGCAGAAGCAGAAAGUGGCUGAGCAUGUUCCUCCGUAUGACGUGGUUCCAUCCAUGAGGCCAGUCGUCCUGGUUGGACCAUCCCUGAAAGGUUACGAGGUGACAGAUAUGAUGCAGAAGGCGCUCUUUGACUUUCUGAAGCACAGAUUUGAUGGCAGGAUUUCCAUCACUCGGGUAACAGCUGACAUAUCAUUGGCCAAGAGGUCAGUACUAAACAACCCCAGUAAGAGGGCCAUCAUUGAGAGGUCCAACACACGCUCCAGCCUUGCUGAGGUCCAGAGUGAAAUAGAAAGGAUUUUUGAGCUGGCCCGGUCCCUGCAGCUCGUGGUGCUAGAUGCCGACACCAUUAACCAUCCAACGCAGCUCAUUAAGACCUCAUUAGCGCCCAUCAUAAUCCACGUCAAAGUGUCCUCACCUAAGGUCCUUCAGCGUCUGAUCAAGUCUCGAGGAAAAUCUCAAAGCAAGCACUUAAACGUGCAACUGGUUGCAGCCGAGAAACUGUCCCAGUGUCCCUCUGAUAUGUUUGAUAUAAUCCUGGACGAGAACCAGCUGGAGGACGCAUGUGAACACCUGGCGGAAUACCUGGAGGCCUACUGGAGAGCUACACACACUUCACUGAGUACACCGCUCAACCCUCUGCUGGGCCGCAAUCUGGGCUCCACUGCCCUCUCACCAGUUCCAACUGCCAUUCAGGCUCAAAGAAACCGCAACAGCCAACAAGACAGUUCAGCUGUCGAACGCCAAACCUUAAUGCCAGCUGAUGAGAACUACCAGAACGAGCGGGCGAGGAAGAAUCGCAACAGGCUGUCUUCAAGCUCGCAGCACAGCAGAGACCAUUCACCUCUGGUUGAGGAAGACUACCAGCACCCCUACCAGGACUCUUACAAGCCCCACCGCAACCGACUCCAAGAUUCCAGGCAGAGGUUGUGAAGAUGGUGACGGCGCUUCAAUUCCAGCUGCAACGUUGACCCCAUUAUCCUGUUGGACAUGGAUCCUGCCAAAUAAAGCAUCCUGCGCUUUGUCAGAGAACGCAAGGGCUGGAUUUAACAGUAGCACAAUAGUAGGGUUAAAUAGUAAAGUUUGUUGGUUUUAAGAUGCUCCAUGUUUGUUUGUGAAAGGUUCUUCUGAAUCAAGGUUUCACAUGUGAUGCUGUAGCGUGCAGGAGAGCACUCUAAUGCUGCUUUCAGUUUUGAGGUGAGGAACAGCAUACACAGCUUGAUCAUGCGAUUGUUUAGAUUGGAGAAGCUCAUUAUGAGUUUUUAACGCCCUAUUAAGGCAAGCUGAUUUAGAACUUUUAAAUGCGUAAAACUUUUCGGUUCAUCUACCAGGUUAUAUCUUAUUACUACGUCAUUAUUACAUAUGUCUCUGGUGCCAUUUGUUAUCAAUCAUGACAGAACAUAACUCGCAAACUCUGGAUGAGAAUAACAUCAGAUGCAAAAGAAACAAGAAGACUCUUAGGCAUGUUAUCGAUGUUUCAGCCAUAAACACAUGUAGCUCGCUAGUCUACUAACUACAGAUGGCGUCAAAUGAGGCGAUUGGUUUAAUUUGAAAAUGUUUUACAUGUAAAUAAAGUCGAAGUUACUGAACUGAAGGUCGCAAGACUGGACUGGACUGGUACCAUACAUAACUCGGUAGAUCUUCAAUAACUUAUCCUUUGUCUGAUCAGGGAUUCCUUCUUUUUUUCUGUCCCCAGUCACUCAAGCCAGGUGAGAGAACCCAAAACAUUCCAAAGUUGAGAUAAAGAUGUUAUUUGUCUGUCUCGUGGUGGGUCAGCCCUCCUCCAUGCUGGGUACUUGUGGAAACCUUUCCAUUGAGAAGCAGCGGCACUACUCAGUCUCCAUCUGGAUCCAAUUUCUGAGUAAAAUAACACCUAAAAAAUAUGUAUUUUUGCUGCUUGCUUUUCUAUAUCUGAUAACAGGGGAGCAGAGAUUUUAAAAAGCUAUUUUUCACCACACUGGUGUGUUAAAAAGAACACUAGCCUCUGCUGCCGUGUGUCUCCGUUAUGUGACCCAUCUCAGUUCUGUCUAUUGCAGUGACAAGAUGAUGAUGAUAGUUCACAUUUUAAAAGCAUCACAAUUACAAAGAUAAUACAAAAUUUUAGUCAACAUGUUUCCUUAUUGACUUUUCAUUUAUUGAUUUAUCUACAAAAUAUGGUGGCAUUUCUAGUUGUUUGAAGAGUCAAAGACAAAAAUACUGCGUGGCAAUGAUGCAUUUGUUUGCGUUUGCGUGCAAUGUCAUUUUACACUGAAUGGAGUAAUGAAAUAAA